CACGCCUCUUGCCACCUUAAAAAAAAACAGCAGAUGUGGGUUGCCAGGUUGGAUUUCUUUAGACCUGGCAUCCCUUUCUGCCAGGCUGCUCCCGGAAAUCAUAACCCCCUCCUCCCCUCUCCUUCUACGGAUGCUGCAGUAAAGUUGGCCGCGCUUGCGCACUUUCGGUCCUCUUUUUCUUGGAAGCACCGCUGACCCAUCACCAUGUCAGAUCCCGAUCUUGACUUCACGACUGGCGAGUCUGGCGCCUCCGCCACUUACCCUAUGCAGUGCUCCGCUCUGCGUAAGAACGGGUAUGUGGUGCUGAAGGGACGCCCCUGCAAAAUUGUGGAGAUGUCCACCUCCAAGACCGGCAAGCACGGUCAUGCCAAGGUUAACAUGGUUGGUAUCGACAUCUUCACCAACAAGAAGCAUGAAGAUAUGUGCCCCUCCACCCACAACAUGGAUGUUCCCUCCAUCAAGAGGAUAGACUACCAGCUGGUUAACAUCAACGAAGGCUACAUGACCUUGAUGAGCGACAACGGUGAAAUCAGGGAGGACCUGAAGGUCCCUGAGAGCGAAGUCGGCAAGGAAAUCGAGACUAAGUUUGAAGCCGGUGAUGAAUUCAUGGUCACUGUCAUUGCUGCCAUGGGGGAGGAAUGUGCUAUCGCUACCAAGGUCCUGACCAGCAAAUAGACGACAGAAUUUGCUUCCCAGGCAACAAGCACCACCCACAACCAGUCUCUUGCAUUCUCAUUGGUUCUGUCACCAAAGCGUCGGCCUUCACAGACAACCUCAAUCAAUCUGUUGUGAUUUCUCUCAUCAUUGAUCUUAUGGUUUAUUAGAUCUCCCCUUCUCAUUUCUCUUUUCCAUUGCUGUUGGGGGAAGUUCCACUGCAGCCUCUGCCUGAUCACUGAGGUUUUGUUUGGUAACUUUAUAUAAAACAACUUCAAAAAUAAUGAUCAGUUGCUCAUUCCUGCUUAUUUUUGCCUUCAAAGUGUUGGUUUCACCACUCACAUUCCUGAAUGUUUAAAUAACAACGGGAUUCAGCUUUUGUAUGAUUAUUUUUUAUAUUCUUAAAGAUAGCCUUUUAGAAGGGUGGGGAGGGGUUAGUUUUGAGUUAAGGCAGUGGGAGGGAGGGUAGCCCCUUGUAGAUGCAAAAUUCUGGUUUAGGCCAUCCCUCUAGCAGCCAUACCGCUUUCCAGCAUGGCAUCAGCUCUGGUUCCUGCGUGGAUUGGGCUCAACCAAGGCCCUUUUCUCUCCCCUAAUCGCUGGGAUUGGUGAUGGCGAGCACUUAUGAGCACUUGAGGUCCACCCCAGCAUGUCAAAGCUCUAAAAACUCAAGAAAAGAGAAGUGUUUUUUUUUUUUUCUCCCCAAGAACAGGAACAAACUUCAGUGAUUUACCCUCGUGAUGCCAGUCUCUUGUCUGUGUAAAAGUCGGAGGGGCGCUCACACCUCUCGUACAUCGGGGCCCCGGCCACCCCCCAAUACAAAAGGAGUGUUAUAUUUUGUUUUGAGAGGCAUGAGUGUGUAGCGUUGUGGGCCUCGGACAUGUGAGGCGUGUUUCUUUUCGAGGGACUCGAUCGGGUUGGGGAGGGUGGUAGAGUUGCAAACGUUUUGUUCACUCGAGGCCUUUGUCACCUGACUGGAGAUGGCAAAAAAAUAAAAUGAUGAAACAAAUGGACAAAAACUGCAAA